UUAUAACAACAAUUUUGUCUUUAUUUAUCAGUAGUACAUAUGUUGCUGCCAUAAUGAUGAAGGUUUCGCAGGCCAUAUUAUUUGAGUUAAAUAAUGUUGGAGUUAUCAAUAUGUACUCUGAAGAAGAGCCUUACGAGCGUGGUGCCAAGCCAUAUCCCUCUCUGCCUGCCGCGGGCAUUUAUCUCACCAUUUGCUACUCAGCUACAAUAGGAGCUAUGCCAUCACCAUUUCAAGACCCUAAUGGCAUCUUUAUGGACUUAUUUAAAAGCUAUAUGCCAGAUGGACCAAAACCUUCAGCUUUAAGUUUUGCAAAAGUAUUUUUGGCCCCUCUGAUUCUUGGAUUAGUAGUAGUAGCUUUCUGGAUCAAUAUAAUAUUUUUUGGAUUAGGUGAUCGCAGCUUUAAGAGGGAUGUGGUUGAAGGUGCUACAAACCCGAGGUCAGUCAAAGAAGCCAUAGAAGAAAAGAAAGAAGAAAUGGGAUCAUGGACUACGUAUACCAAAUUGGCUACAGUACUUAUUAUUGUGUCAAUAUUCGUGAUUGUAACGCGACGACCGAUGAUUUUUGAUGGGUGGUACGAUGUUUUAAAGCGAAAGCCUUGCGGAGUAUCUGUUGCUUCAAUAGCUAUGACCAUUGUUUUUUUUGCGGUCCCAGCAAACUAUCUGUUUUGUAGAUACUACAUGUGCACUGAACCUUCAAAAGUGGGCGCUGCACCAUCUUGUCUUGGCUGGAAAACUGUGAACGCAAAUACACCAUGGGGCUCUAUAUUUUUUCUCGCAGCGGCUUUAGCAUCAGUCUAUUCCGGUAUUCAUUCCAAAUUUUACACCCUCUUAAUCGAUACUUUCGUUCGUAAUGGAAUAGAUAAAGCAGCUUGUUUUUGGUAUGGUUCUCUGGUCGGAAUGAUUUUAACAAUACUCUCCCCUGCUACGGCCUUAGCAAAAUACGUCAUUCCAGGAAUGUUUCUUGCUGGUUAUAAACUAGAAUCUGGUCCUGGCGCCUUGGCUGUGCCAUUUGCCGCUGCGUUACACAAUCAAUUCAUGCUUCCAUGUAGCACCCCUGCUAACACUAUUAUUGCUGGCUGGGGAAAUCUCCGACCCUAUCAAUUUCUUCUUGGCGGUAUUGUGCCUACAAUUUGCUAUAACGACAGCAGCUAUAAUGGUAACAAUUUCACAUUGUGGCCAGUUAAGCCUACGUAGAUCAUAUAUAUAAAUUUAUAUAAUUAGCACUUUUUAGUCCGAAAUAUCAAAAAUAGUCUUUAAUGUGACGACAAGCAAAAUAAAUAUUUAAAUAUAAUGUCAUUAAAAGUGGA